AUCACCAUGCAUAUGGAUUCACUUCCGGGUCAUUCAUUACAUGCUCUACAUUGCGUAACUUAACACCGGUGAGGCAAUGGAGGAGUACGCACGUGAACCUUGCCCAUGGCGGAUAGUAGAUGACUGUGGAGGGGCCUUCUCCAUGGGAGUGAUUGGAGGAUCUGUCGUUCAUUCCAUCAUCGGAGCAAGGAAUGCACCUGCUGGGUACAGGCACAGACUUGUUGGUAGUUUUCUGGCUAUUAAACACAAAGCACCAGUAGUUGGAGGUAAUUUUGCUGUAUGGGGUGGGUUAUUUUCAACAUUUGACUGUGCACUGGUCCACAUAAGGAAGAAGGAAGACCCAUGGAAUUCAAUUACCAGUGGAGCUCUGACAGGUGCUGUCUUAGCAGCAAGAAAUGGUGCUGUGGCUAUGGCAGGCUCUGCGAUGAUUGGUGGUGUUCUGCUGGCGAUGAUUGAAGGUGUUGGAAUCCUCAUGACUAGAAUGUCUGCAGAGCAAUUCAGACCAGUGAACCCACAAAUGGAAGACCCAUCGCAAUUGGAUCAAAAGGGGCCUUCGUUUGGAACUCAGUAUCAAUGAUGAUAAUAAACUUAGUGCAUUGUAGUAAUGAUAUUGCCAUGAACGGACUUGCUUCUCUGUGCGUACUGGGAGUGUGUGUACCUGUAUUGACCAUGGAUCGUCCAGAUUAUUCAAGAGAUUUUUGCUUUGAAAACACCUGGAGGAAGUGAUCAACUUUGAAUCAGUGAACCAAUCUGCCAAACACGCCAUGUGAUGGAAGCUGAGGCGAGACAUGGAUGUGUUUUGAAAACCAUGAUGUUGUCAUCUGAGCAAUGAUACGUGUUCAGCAAUGUACAUGGUAUUCCCGGUGUCAUUUGUUUAAUAUUGUACUAAUUAACAUCUAAAUUAUUGAAUGUCUAUAAAUGAUGAUGGGUCAGAGAACAAAUUGCUCUUAAUUCUUUGGUUUAAGAUUGAUCUGAAGCGAUACAUGCUUCAAAGAUAGAUAUUUGAUCUUUUAAUUUACUUUAAUAUUCCCACUUCCACCCUGUUUGCAUCAAAGCACCUCUGUAAAAGAGAAUUGAAAAUGUAUGACGGUAUAUGUGUACACGUGGAUGAAUCGGAAAGUUGGAAUCAUAUCGAUGUACUUCUCACUGACAUAUGAUAAGAGGUAACAAUGUCGCACAGUGGCAUCACACUGUCUUUCCGGUGCAGACACUUCUGUGCAUUUGGUAUAUGAGGAACUUGGUUCUGUAUUAAAAUGCAUGGUAACUCUGAUUGAUUGUGGUUUAUACAGUACAUCAAGCUGUGAUCAUUUAAACUUUGGCUUUCUCUGAUUUUUCACAGGGCAUCUGAAAAGAAAUAGAACUAAAAUUUCUAGAGUUUGAUACAGAUGUAGUCAAUAUCUUGAUUUGUUAGAAUAAGGAACCUCCAACGAACAUCAUGCAAUACACAAAGUCAUCAGUGGCGUUAUUCAGUGUAUACAUGAUCUUAUUUUAGUUGUAACAUUGUAGAUUAUAGAAUUCAUGCAUUUAUAUUUUGUUAUACUCAUUGGGGGUUCGGAUGAAACAGAGCACUUUAAUGUCAUUUGUAUAGCAGUCUUCGGGUGUUCCUAUUCAUAAAACUGAAAUAGACACCUGAAUACACAUUAAUAUUGCUAAUUAAAUCUUUUAAGUUUCCAUCCAAAUACCAAUCAAUGAAUUUUACAUUUGCUCCAUCACUAGAGUCACAUGAGAAAAAUUACAUGCAAUAGUAGAGGUGUCUUGGUCGAGUGGAUAUGUCACUGGACCAGGGAUCGUAUGGUUUGCGGUUGGAGUCGCUUCGCUGCAAGACAUUAAUCUACAUUUGCCACCCUCCACCGCGGUAUUAAUUGGGUGCCCGGUAGGAUGCAAAUGUUAAUGUGGUUGGAUUGGCACGUGUGCGCUGGUAAAAUAGUGCCUGGCUAGAAUACUCCCCAGGGAGCAGAAAGUGUGCACUAUCAUGAUUAUCGAUGACCGGGGUAAUAAUAAUAAGAAACGUAGUAGUAUCAAAGAGCUAUACAAAUGUGAAUAUUAUUAUUAGUAUUAUGAUUAUUGUUUGAGUUCUCUGCAGUAAUUAAUCUGCAAAGUUCUUUGUGCAUUCAAGGUUGUGAUGGCCUGUCUGUGUGGGGUCCUUUAUCAUAAGUACUUUGUUCGUAAGAAUCCCAUGAUCAAACGCAUGUGUACACACAUGUAAUUUAAAUGAAACGAAGGAAAAGCAGAUUGAGACGUUAAGUGUAACAUUUUUACUGCUUAAACUAUGACCUCAUAGAUUUGACCUAUGGUAGUCCCUUGAAAAUGAGUAUAGAAAGGGAUCGUAACUUCAGUCCAAUGUCACAUUUACUCUCUUGUAAAGUAGUUUCAUAGUUUAU